AUGUCUGAAGCUAUGACCUCAUGCUUCCAUGGCUAUUGCGUUAAUUUCGAGAAGCAGGUGCUCAGGGCGCAGGGUGUUCAAUGCUUCACCAAGGAGCAACGAAGAUAUGAGGUGUUCGCGAACAUGAGAUAUGAGGGUCGGGACACGACUCUGAUGAUUCUCAGGCUUGAGAACGAUGCCUUCUUGUCCACCUUUCUCCAACGACACCGCUGGGAAAAUCAACUUCACCCCUUGAGCGCCCGGUCUUUCAUCGAUGAUGUUCGCAUUGGAAUCAUUGCUUCCGCCAACAAAAUAGCCGAGAAAAGGUCCUUUGCAGCAGUUCAAGGAUAG